GUGGACAUGACCAGUGCUCGUCUUCUGCUCCCGCUGUUGCUUCCAGUGCUGCUGGACGCAGUUGCUCCCCUACCGCCACGACGACCCAAUGUGGUGAUGGUGAUCUUCGACGAUUUGCGUCCAGUAAUCGGCGCCUUUGGCGAUCCGCUGGCCAGCACUCCGUAUCUAGAUGCUUUUGCGCAGGGUAGUCAUGUCUUCACAAGGACUUACAGUCAGCAAUCGCUGUGUGCCCCCAGCCGGAACUCCCUGCUCACAGGACGAAGACCGGAUACUUUGCAUCUGUAUGACUUCUACAGUUACUGGCGCACUUUCACCGGAAACUUUACCACUUUGCCGCAGUACUUCAAGGAGCAUGGUUACUACACCUACAGCUGUGGCAAGGUAUUCCACCCCGGGCUGUCCUCCAACAACACGGACGACUAUCCGCUGAGUUGGUCAGCUCCGGCAUUUCGUCCUCGCACCGAGCAGUUUAUGAACUCACCGGUGUGUCCAGAUAAGGAGGGCAUUCUCCGCAAGAAUCUCAUCUGCCCCGUGGAACUGCAAACGCAGCCUUACAAGACCCUGCCAGACAUCGAGUCCGUGGCGGAGGCCUUACGCUUUGUGGAAUCCCGGAGGAGAAACAACCGAGAGCCCUUCUUCCUGGCCAUGGGUUUCCACAAGCCUCACAUAAAUUUUCGCUUUCCUCGGCAAUUUCUGUCGAGAUUUAAACUUUCGCAGUUUUACAACUACACGGAGGACAGUUUCAAGCCGCCGGAUAUGCCGGCUGUGGCCUGGAAUCCCUACACGGAUGUCCGGGCCCGGGAUGACUUCAAGCACUCAAAUAUAUCCUUUCCCUAUGGACCGAUUUCCCGGCAUCAGGCUGCCCAGAUACGACAGGGAUACUACGCCUCGGUGGCCUAUGUGGACGAUCUGUUUGGCAAGCUGAUCGGCGGACUGGAUCUGGAUGAGACCGUGGUGGUGGUGCUGGGGGACCAUGGCUGGUCCCUGGGCGAACACGCUGAGUGGGCCAAGUACAGCAACUUCGAGGUGGCUCUCAGGGUGCCACUGAUCAUUAGAACCCCGCAGUUUCCUCUAGCCCAAACGAAGUACUACCACGGGAUCACAGAACUCCUGGAUGUGUUUCCCACCUUGGUGGAUCUGGCGGGGCUUCCCAAGUUGCCAGCUUGCCAGAGUUCCCAGCAGUUGACUUGCGGCGAGGGGAAAAGUCUUUAUUUCCAGCUAAUGGGUUUGGGUAUGGCUGAUGAGCAUGUGGCCCUCAGUCAGUAUCCCCGACCCGGAAUGCUGCCCACAAAGCACCCAAAUAGCGACAAGCCCAAGCUGAGGAACAUCAAGAUCAUGGGCUAUAGCCUCAGAACCGAUAUCUACAGGUAUACCUUGUGGGUGAGAUUUCAUGCCCAGAACUUUAGCAGAGACUGGCACGACGUGUACGGCGAGGAGUUGUACGACCAUCGCCUGGACUCUGGGGAGGAGUUGAACCUGGUGCCGCUGCCCGAGUUCGACGAUGUGCGCCAGCGCCUGCGCCGGCGUUUGAUGGAGGUCGUGGGCAGCUAG